AUGAAUCGCACAGACGAUAUGAAGAGGUCCUCGCUCAAUGACUUCAAACUGGAAGCGAUGGCCUCCAUGGGCUGGGCGGUGGAUUCGGACAUUCCCAUGGCGAAUGCCGAGAACCUGGCCAUCCUGAAAGAGUUGGCUACCCUGAGGGCCCUAAAAUUGGAGGUUCAACAACACAUGAAUUCGCUGGACGAACGCGAGAAGGCGGUGGAACGACAUACUCGUAACAUUGAGGGCACUAUUCAGCAGAAUAUAACAUUGUAUACCUCGAUGAAGGACGAUGUUAUCAAGGAAGCGCACAAUGUCCAACUUGUAAUAUUAGAACGCAACAAGAUCAAGGAGGAUCUGCGGAAGAAUCAAAAGGAGCUAGAGGAAUAUACUGAAUACGCCGAGGUUACAGAACGUAAGAUCUGUCAGAACAAGCGCGAGAUAGAUGAGCUGACUUCUCGAAUCAAGUCGGCCAAGACCACCUUGGUGGAGUGGACGAAGGCCAUGGAGGACGGGAACAAGGGCUACCAGUUGAUCGAAAAGUACUAUCUGGAUGAUCAGCAGAAGGCCCGGGAGCUGAACACCAAGCGGCAGCUGCUGCAGGCCGACAUAGACAAGCGGCGCAAGCAAGUGGUCCUCCUCUACGACGAGCAGAUGACCCUGGAGAAGAAUCUGGAGCGGACCGCCUGCCUCUAUAGGUCUGCCCACGCAGAGCGUCGCCAGAUGGUGGAGACGUGGAAGAGCGCAGUGAAUCAGAUGACCCAGCGAGAGCACGACAUCCAACGCAGCGAGGUGGAGUGCGCUGAGCUGGCCCAAAAGGCGCAGCAAACGGCGCUGAUCUACAAGGAUCAUGAUAACCGGCUGACCGAGGUGAUCGACAACAACCGCCAGGUGGAGAUCGGCAUCGAAGCCCUGAACGACGAGACCUCCGACAUGAAGAACCGCAUACAGGUCCUGAUCGAUGCCUCGCUGCUAAAGGAGCGCGAGAUCGAUGGCCUGCGCCGGGAACUGGAGAAUCUCUCGAACCGGGUGCACCUGCAGCGCAUGGAGAACCGCAGUCAAGUGAAGAAGCGCGAUGAAAAGGUGCAGGAGAUAGAGGAAUUCUCCUCGGUGAUGGAGAAGGUUGAUGCCCGGCUGAAGUCUAUACAGAAUAAAGCACUCAACGCGGAGCAGCGUCUGCUCAUUCUGGAGGAGAUGAUGGAGGCCGAGGAGGCGGCUCUGAGGAACCUGGACAAGGAGCAGGAGAAGGUCAACGAGAUGCUGUACCGCACACAGAGGCAGGUCAUCGAACUGCAGGACGAGGAGAAGAUCCUGAAGGUGCAGAACGACUCCCUGAACUCAAAUCUGGCGGCCAUCAAGCGCAGCCAGCAGCAGGUCAACCACGAGCUGAAGCGCCAGACGGAGAUCCACUACAGCCUGUCCUUCAAGUGCCUGGAGGCGGAGCGGAAGUAUGGAGAGUUCAAGGGUCAGGCGGACGACCCCGAGGUGGAGGCCAUCAACUUGGCCCGGCUCAACGCCCUGGAGCAGGAGUACGAGAAGCUGCAUCGCCUCAUAGCCACCACGGAGGCCCAGAACAAGAAACUGAACUACAACAUGAACAACUUGGUGGUGCAGUACAACGCCGACGAGAAGGAGCUCGAAAUGGUCAGGUUCAAGAUCAAGGAGGCUCAGGUCUACUGCGAGGGCACCGUCAAGAGAUUGCGCCAGAUCCGAUAUGAAAACUCCGAGCUCAUAGUGGAUCUCAACAUGGUGAAGAUGCGGUGCAGCGACCUCGAGGUGGGAAUCGGCGGCUGCGAGCAGGGCACCUACGACCUGGAUCAGCAUCGACUCGCCUUCCGGCGGGCCAUCAAGGAUCGCAGCGUCGAGAUCCGCAGCCAGGAAGACGUGCUGCUCCUCAAAAAGAAGCACCUCAACGAGGAACUCAGCACCCUGCGCGCCGAUCUUGGCGAGCGGAAGAAGCAGAUAGAGGCGAUGAAGGCGAGGUUCGAACUGACCACCCAGCUGCUGGGCAAGAACGAGGACGGAUCCAUCAUGACCAGCACCCAGCUGAAGGUGGAAAGCGCCCAGGAGCGCCAGAUGCUGGCCGACGAGGGCGACGCCCUCAACAAGAAGGUCCUUAAAGCUGAGAAGGAAGUGGUGGCCCUGGAGAACACGCUGCGCCAGUUUGACAAAUCCAACGACAACUAUCGCAAGACAUUCCGAUCUGUGGAUGAAAACUCGAAGGAUCGCGAACGCGCCGAGAUGGAGCUAAAGGAGCUGGAGGCAUCCUACUGCCGCGAACUGGAGAAUCUGAAGGUGCUGCGCUGCAAGGCUCAGCACUACGACCAGAAGCACGCAGCCCAGCGAGCUGAGGAGGAGGAUCUGAUUGCCAGGAUGGAAAAAGCGAAGGCAAGACGAGCGGAGCAUGCAGCAAUUCUGGAGAAGAUCGAGCGCGAGUUGGACGACCAGCGACUGAAGUUGGACAGGGCGCAGCGCGAGAUCAGGACGCAGAUGCGGGAGAUCAAGGCGCGGCCUUUUAGCGAGGAGUACCUGGCGCAGUUCGAGCGGGAUCUGAAUCUUCGGGAGCUGGAGACGCGCAACACGAAGGCACUGAACAUGCUUACCGAUCUGGCCAGCAGCGACGAGGCCGGCGCAGAAAUAAUGGGAAUGAUGGUGCGGAAGGGCAUCAAACUGCCGAUGCACCUGAAACGCACGGCCAGUCGUGUGUCCUGGAACAGCAGCUCCUCGGCCAAAUCAAAGUCUUCACAGGAUCAGGAUGCCGGCUCCUAUCUCAGCGUUAAGGGAAAGUCCUUCCUGUGCGAGGGAGUGAGUGCCCGGUCCUCGGCCUCCGAUAUGAGCUCGCUCAAGGACGACAGCUCCUCCACCACCUCCCAAUCCGCUCUCAGCAUCGUAUCCCUCGAGUUUCCCAUGCAGAAGAAAAAAUAAUUUCUUUUAAUAUAUUUAUUUAAAUUUUCCUUUGGUUA